GUGCGAAUACAAAAUAAAUAUAAAUGAAACGCAACUUAUCGCUCACGCAUUUCUAAAAAAAAUUACAUUUAAAAACAAACAAACAUACAUAAUAAAAAUAAAAACACACGUAACAGAACACACUAUGUGCUAGCAUGUUAGCAUGAUGUUGCUACGGAAGUAGGAAGCAGCGCUGUCAAAAGCGCACCACGCAGUCCUGCCCUCUCGGGUUAGUCUCUCUGAGAGGUGAAGGUACAGUCGCAGUGAGAUCCUCCAGCCUGUUUGCUGUCAAUAUGGCGCGUGUUGAGACAUCAUCCAACAGGCCCUACCACCUGGUUAUCUUCGGAGCCUCUGGGUUCACGGGGCAGUUUGUGGUGGAGGAGGUGGCGCGGACUGUGUCCGAGGGUCCGAAAGGGAACCUGAAGUGGGCCGUGGCGGGCAGGAGCAGGCAGAAGCUGGAAAAAGUUCUGGAGCAGGCCGCCGCAGUCCUCAGUAAGUCCGAGCUCAGGUCAGAGGUGGACAUCAUCGUGGCCGACGUAGAGGAACCAGACUCCCUGGCAGCCAUGUGCAAACAGGCUGUAAUUGUUCUCAACUGUGUGGGCCCUUACAGGUUCUAUGGCGAGCCAGUGGUCAAAGCCUGUGUGGAGAAUGGAGCUCACCACAUUGACAUCAGUGGAGAGCCUCAGUUUCUGGAGGGCAUGCAGUUGAACUACAGCAGCCAGGCAGCUGACAAAGGUGUGUACAUCAUAGGCAGCUGUGGAUUCGACUCCAUACCCGCAGACAUGGGAGUCCUCUACACCAAGGACCAGUUCAAGGGAACGCUGACUGCAGUGGAGAGCUUCCUGACUGUCGGCUCAGGCGAUGAUGGUGGAUGUAUCCACGAUGGCACGUGGCAGUCGGCUAUCUACGGUUUCUCCGACGGCCAGAAGCUCCAGAGUCUCAGGAGGAAGUUUAAUCACAAACCUCUCCCUAGUAUCGGCUCUAAGCUUAAACGCAGGGGAUCCUUGUUCUUCAGUAACGAGAUUCAGCAGUAUACAGUGCCGUUCAUGGGCUCCGAUCCGUCCGUUGUAAAGAGAACUCAGCGCUUUCUGGUGGAGGAACAUCAGGACAAACCGGUUCAGUAUGGAGCUUAUGCGGGAAUAGGAGGUAUUGGCAACAUCAUCAAGCUGAUGUUUGCUGGCAUGAUGUUCUGGGUCUUAGUCAAGUUCAGUUUUGGACGCAAUCUACUAAUCAAGCACCCAGAGUUCUUCUCCUUUGGAUUCUUCUCCAAGGCCGGACCAACUAGAAAGCAGAUGGACGAGUCAUCCUUCCAGUUUGCUUUCUAUGGAGAGGGCUACACAGACGGUCAGGACCCCUCCCAGGGAAAACCGAACGGGAAGAUCUGCACACUGGUUCAGGGACCAGAGUGUGGAUAUGUGGCCACGCCCAUCGCCAUCGUACAGGCUGCUCUAACAAUGCUCAACGAACCCACAGCCUUACCCAAGACGGGAGGAGUUUAUACUCCAGGAGCUGCUUUUGCAAAAACCACACUGACGGACCGUCUCAACAAACACGGCAUCAAGUUUUCUGUCGUCUAAAGUUUGUCCCCCCUCUGAUGCCGUACUCCAGGUUUUCUCAGCGCUUACUAAUAUGCAUAACAACUGGAAAGUGGAACUUUUGAGGAGUUAUUUAAUCACAAGCACUUUCAGAUGAAGUUCUAACACUUUUUUUCGCGGUACUUUCCGCAUUUGUCUUUUUCAUUUGGUCAGAAACUUGCCAGUCUCCUUUUGGCUUGAUUGUACCAAUAACCCUCUGCUAGUGAGACAGCAGCAUCUUCUAGGCAAGGUUUUAUGUGAACGGGUUUAACAUGGUCGUCCACAAGCUAACAACAGGAGGAUUCUGUCCAGGUUCACUUUAUGUAGUUAAUCAUAUUUGUACUUAAUUGAACAUAAAUGGAUUCUUACCAGUCUCUCUCUACCACUGUACACUAUCAGGAGGUAGGAGAGAAAACGUGUAGAUGGCCCUUUCAUUAUACCAAAGAUUGGUUUGUAAUAUUUUGUGCAGACAAAAAAUAAUUAAUAAAGAUCUAACAGUGUAUUCAUGAGAUUAAACUAUAUCCACAUCUGGAUACAAAAAAAGUGGCAACGACUUCAUGUUGUAGUCAAUAGGGCAUUAACCUGCACAGGACACCCCCUGUUAUUAAAUAGCAACAGUAGGAUAGCUUCAUAGUAUAAAAUGUAAUGAUCCUGGACUAUUUUCCAUGGCAGGAUUGAGCAUUUGUAAAAUAGUUUGCUCGAAUUGUUGCUCGAGGUGUAGCAAACGUAAUGAAGGUGUCGGCUGUAAAAUGUAACUUCUAGAAUCUUUUUAAAUGUUGUCCUUGUGCACAUGAAGCUACUGUAUGUCAAAAGGACACUAACUAGGUAGUUGUAUGUGUCAGUGUAGACGCAGUGUGUGUGUGUGUGUGUGUGUUUGCACGUGCAAGCUUGUCUUUCCUGGCUUGUUCGCUAAAAAUCGUAAAAGCUUUUUGAUGGUUAUAAGUUUCACAAUCAUUCUGCUUUCUAUGAGCCUUGUCAGAAAAUGCAUCCAGUUGUUCGUGCACAAAACUCCAUGAGACUGACGGAUUCCAUCUGCUGUUUGGUUCAGUGUGUUGAAAGUUUGAAGAAGCUACAUUGAUAACGUUGAUUUCAGUGCUUGUUUUUCAUGUUUGAGCGUUAUGGGCAUGUGAGAAAUGUUCGGGGGUUUUGUUUUUGUGUGCUUUGCUUUGUGUUGGACUCUUGAAUAAAACCAACUCUGAGAAAAG